GAGAUAAAGGAAAAACGACGUUUAUCUCCUGUCUGGCGCACACGUCUAUCCCAUCCGUAAUAUUAGUAAUAUUAAUAACAUUAUAGUAAAUACCAUUAUCAAAACCACCGUAAAUCAUGAUGUCGAUCUCGAACUAUGAUAACCGUAUGAUGUGCGAAAACGAUUCGUGAUUCCCGUCGUCCGUCUUGUGUCACCGGUCUCGUUCGUGUUCUCGUUAAGCAAUCUCCGUUUCGCGUUUACUUCCGUACGAUAACCGAAUCCGAGUCCGGUCCUCACCUCACCGCCAUGGCCACUCCGACCAGCGGCAACGGCAAUCUAGUGGACGAGUUCGACGAGGCGUUCAUGUCGCUGGUCGAGAUUAUGUCCAAGGAGGACGAGACAUUCUCGCCAGUCGACAGGGAAGAGGUGCGCGUGGACAUUGAUCAGUGCACGAUGCGGUUCAUCGACAUCGCCCGACAAUUGGAGGCGUUUUUCCUACAGAAGCGGUUUCUGCUGUCUGCGCUCAAACCCGAGCUGAUCGUCAAAGAAGAUAUAAGCGAGCUGCGACUGGAACUGGCGCGCAAAGACGAUCUCAUACGCCGGCACUAUGACAAGAUUGCCGUGUGGCAAAACGUACUGACAGAUGUGCAACAAGUGGCUAAGUCGCCGGCUCAGAGUACGAUGGGCCAGAGUCCUAUGCCAGCACCUAUGCCGUCUCCUUUGCCCGGGCCCAUAGGACCGCCUCAGCAACAACCAUCGCCUCAAGUGCCUGGUGGUAUGGUCUCGCCACAACAGGCUAUGUUCAUACAACAGCAACAACAGCAACAACAACAGCAGCAGCAGCAGAGGCCUGGUCCAGUGGCCGGAGGGCCGAUGCCCGGAGCAUUGUUGCAAGGACCUUUGGCUUAUUUGGAAAAGACCACCAGCAAUAUAGGAAUGGGUGAUGGGAGGAGGUGACGAGGUCGGGGACGAGGAAGAGGACGCGGUAGGGCCCAUCUUAGUCCCCCUUGACCACAGGCAAAGGCACAAUAUUGAUGCUUUUAAGCCAACGAAUUGCUACAAAUAAUCCUACCAAUUAUUCUGUCAAAUCACUUGUACAUAAGUGUAAAUAGUUGUAUGCUAUUAAUCCAUAUUAGUUGUGUAUAUAUAUAUAUAUAUAUAUAUAGAUGUAUAAAUUGUAUAUAUUUGUCUGUAUUGACUUUGUAUAUAUUAUUAUAAGAUUAAGAAUAUUGUAUUCGUUUGUCUAACCUUAUGCUGUAAAUAAUACCUGCAUUACAAUAAACUGUGAACACAUGUUUUUUUUUUGUGUAUAAAUACUUUUAAAUAUAUUUAUUAUAUCUUAAUAAUUUACACAAGUUUAAUUGUUUAUCUCAGUCAUCUGAGGUUGGUUAUGGCACUAUAAAUUACAAAAUAUAGGGCCUAUUACAAAAUACAAUAAUUUGUUUUUAAAUCUUAAGUUUUAUACAAUUGGCC